AUGGAGCCUUCAACCGUCGAGAAAAUGAAAAUGGGCGCCAUGAUGGGUGGCACUGUAGGCCUUUGUGUUGGCUUUGUCUUUGGCACCAUCAACUUGAUUCGUUUCGGCAGUGGUACCAAAGGACCUAUCAACAUGUUAAGCCAGUACAUGAUUGGAUCGGCAGCCUCUUUUGGUUUCUUCAUGUCUAUAGGCUCGGUUAUUCGUUCCGAGGGCAGGCUUCCCGCGGGCGCAACUCCUUUGCAAUGGAAUCAGAAACCACUUCCCAUCCGUAUCAAUAAGCCAAAUGAGGAUUAA